AUGGUGGCCUGGGUGUUGCUGGUGCCCUUGGUGCCGCUGGCGGCCUGCCAGCAGUUCGAGCCCUUGAUGCUUCCGGAGCACCGCCACGAGCACGACAAGGCGGCAUCCAAGCAGCAUGAGCACGAAAAGGAGGCGGCGCCGGAGCCUAAACCUUCAAAGCCAAGUUGGUGGCACCGCUUGUGGCCCUUUGCCUUGGAGGAAGCUCGGCAUGAGGACGAACAGCCGCAUGGCCAUCACCAUCGCAGCGUUCACCAGGACAGCAGCUCCAAGAAUUCUCAACAGGACCAUUGGUGGGACCACUUGUGGCCCUUCGAGCUGGAGGAGAAGCACGACGAGAGGGAGCACAAGGAUGGCGAGCACCGCGAGCACGAUCACAAGCCGGACGCUGUGAAGGACGACUCACCUGCCACGCACUGGUGGGAUCGCCUCUGGCCCUUUGGCUCGUCCAAUGCCAUCGAGCUCGUGGCGGAGGAUCAUUCUCACGAGGCCAAGGGUCACAACUCCAAGGACGAAGGCCACUGGUGGGAUCGUUUAUGGCCCUUUGCAUUGCUCAGUUCCGCGCUGCCGGCUGCCGCGGCAUACGUCAUGCUCACCCGCGCGCGGUCAGCCAUGCAGCAGCCGCUCUUGGAAGAGGCUGAGGCCUAG